UUUGUUUUCUUUGCUCUUAUUCUUAGAUCUAUUUUUCCGUCCUUGUGUUUCCUUUUGGGUGUGUGUUCUUAGAUCAUUUUUUUCCUUGUUCUUCCUUCUUCUUCUUCUUGUUCUUCCUCUUCUUCUGAGGCUGGAUUGUUUUGUUCAUGUUGCGACGCAAUGCAAGCACGGCGCCGUCCGCUGCGUUGGCUGAGCUUGCAAUCAAUUGCUCGUCAGCGCCGCCGUUCCCAAAGCGCAUCAGCGAGCGCUCGCUGUUGUGGGCGCAGCAGGCAGACAACUCGAGCACAGACGACGACGACGACGACGACGACAACAACGAUGACGAUAAUGACGAUGACGAUGACGAUGGGAGCGGACUGGUCUUUGGACGGAGACGACGACGCAUGGGGAUUGAUGACGAGGACGCAGGACAAGACUGGCGGGGCAGCAGCAACAGCUCAGUCCGCGCCAUGAUGCAUCAGCAGCAACAACAACAACAACAACAACAACAACAACAACAACAAGGCGCUGCACAUUCUACGGCCAUGAAGAUGGCGAUGCAUGGUCACAGCGCGCACAGGAGUAGCAGCGGCGAACCCUCUGCGCAUCACAACAACAACGACUCGUCCAUGAUGCAGACCGACGAGAUGGCGCACACAUCCAUGCAUCACCAUGCUGGUGGAGCAACGCGGGAUGCCUUCCACACUACGAGCACUGCUGGCCGGUUGUCGCUGGCGACAUCCAAUCCCAACCCAAGCUCUUCCGCAGCCGAUGAAGAAGAGAAAUCAUCAUCCUGGUGGACUGGCUCGCCUCAAGCGCAAGCAUCAUCAAUACACACUUCAAGCUUUGGCACACGAGGGCGACAAGACCACCACCAGCACGCUGACAUGUCUCUAAUGAUGCCGAUGGGUGAUCGAGCUGCCGCGAACAAAUCGCUGACUCGCCACGAUACCGUUCCACUGUCAAACCCGCUGCUCCAACCUGUGCCCAAGCAGCUGACAUCACGGAGAGUGGCUCUCGACGAACAACUGGGAGUUGCUGACGGGCAGGCCAAGCCUGGCGUUCCUCGUUUGAUGAGUUUUCGCAAUAGCUUCGACCUCCAGCCACGGCCCCGCCUGCCUGCGCCUGACAACGACUGUGACGACGACGAAGAGAACGACAACACAGACUCUCGCCAACGCGCUGGGACAGACCGCUCCUCCUCGGCGCCCGCAAUUCAAAUUCCCUCGCUUUUACCAGCCCCGCCAACAUUUGGAGUGUUUCGCCCCAUCAGCGGCGACUUUACUCUAUCACGCACUGCUGCUGCGCGCCCGGCCUCGUUGAUUAUUCUUGGGACGAGCAACGCGAGCAACGCUGGCUGUUCUUCUUCUGCGUCUGUCGGUGAUGGCCGCCAAACGGCACGCUCGCUGUCGCGGUCGGACUCGCUCUCUCUAUGGCGCCAACCCCCGGACACGACAACUGCAUCCAGCGGCUUUGCCUACACCUCCUCCUCCUCGUCAUCGCUGACGCCAGUGAUUGGAUCGAGUCUGGUUUUGAGUCCUCUGAGCGCCGUUGAUCGAAGUGGCAUUGGAUUUUAUAGCAACGGCACUCAUAGUGGCAACAAUAGCACUGGAGUCAAGUUUGGCGGUUUGAACGGCGGUUUCGGCACUCAUGACUCUGGCCACGCUGCCGCUUCUUCGGUUCGUCGCAGUAGCAGUCCUUCGUUGGCGGCAACGCGAGCCAAUCCAGCUGGAGCGUUUCCCUCUGGAUCGUACGUGCUACUCGCGGGCGAGCCAGACGCAGCGCAGCGCCUGCUGCAGGCAAAGCAAGAUUUCCACGACCAGUUGCUUGCCCACCAACGGCGCAUGAACCAGGCCCAUGCCCAGAUUGCUGCCAGUGCCGAUGAGCUUCCGCCUGCUGCGCGUAGCAAGCGAGCUGCCGUUUUUGGCCAGUCUGGUCGAUUGGAGCAGGAAGACAUGAUGACUGCUGCCGAUGAUGCUGCUGGCGACAACACAGUGCUGUUGGGUGAAAGCUCCAAGGACCUGGACAACGACCUGCUGGCCGGGUUGUCUCUUACGACCGCCCCACGUUGCGCUGUAUGGAUUCGGCACGAAUUGCAACUGCCGCUCGACCACGUCCGCAAUUCCAUCGAAGACAUCUUCUCCGCUCUCGGUGACAUUGUUGACAUGUACGUUCCUCUCGCCAUCUCGGCCGAUGCAUUCGUCUCGUUUCAAACAGCCGAACAGGCUGAACUGGCCGUGGCGACUUUUGCCAAUCCCGACCAUGCUCAGCAGGCCGUGUUUGACAUUCUCAGCGGACGCAUCCAGCGUGGAGAGGUCCAUGGAGAUCACAUUUACAGCCAAGGGCUUGCUUCCAUUUCGGCGAUUCGCCGCGUCUUCCUCGCGACUCCGACCGGUCUGGUUCGCACAAAGCGGCCGCGUAUUUCCUCGACAGCGGAUGAACACCUUCCGUCAAGCUCGACCGAGACCGGCUCGGGUGAAUCGGCCGACAACAACAGACACACGGGUGGGCUAUACGACAGCGUGAGCGCGUGGAUGAAUGCGACGAAUGCUGCUCCCGAUGCCGCCGGCCACUCUUCUGCGCACGCGCACACACGCGAGGCGCUUAUUUCUGUUCAACAGCUUUCGCGCUGGGAGAAUGAAGGCGCUACCAUUGAUGCCUUUCAAGCAGUGAUUGAGUAA